AUCCGAUCUACGUCCUUUCUCUCUCUCUCUCCCAAUCUCUCUACGCCACAGAAUCCUCGAUUUUACGAAAUAUCUCCGAUCGUUAACGGCGACCGCCAAUUUUUCCGGUAAAAGAUGAAUGACGGAGAUGUAUCGAGGCAGAUCCAGCAGAUGGUGAGAUUCAUCCGCCAAGAAGCGGAGGAGAAGGCAAACGAGAUCUCUGUUUCUGCUGAAGAAGAGUUCAACAUUGAGAAACUGCAGCUAGUUGAGGCGGAGAAGAAGAAGAUCAGGCAAGAUUAUGAGAAGAAGGAGAAGCAAGCUGACGUGCGUAAGAAGAUUGAUUACUCUAUGCAGCUAAAUGCCUCGAGGAUCAAAGUUCUUCAAGCGCAGGACGAUAUUGUCAACGCCAUGAAAGACCAAGCAGCUAAGGAUCUACUCAACGUGAGUCGCGAUGAGAAUGCCUAUAAAAAGCUUCUCAAGGAUCUGAUUGUUCAGUGUUUGCUUCGAUUGAAAGAACCUGGUGUGUUGUUGCGUUGUCGUGAAGAGGACUUGAGUUUAGUUGAAGCUGUGCUUGAUGAUGCAAAGGAGGAAUAUGCUGGUAAAGCAAAGGUUCAUGCCCCAGAGGUUGCUGUGGACACAAAAAUAUUCCUUCCACCUCCUCCUAAAUCAAGUGACCCUCAUGGUCUCCACUGCUCUGGAGGUGUUGUGCUAGCAUCUCGUGAUGGGAAAAUCGUGUGCGAGAACACUCUCGAUGCACGUCUGGAUGUGGCAUUCCGCAUGAAACUCCCAGUGAUCCGUAAGUCGUUGUUCGGCGAAGUAACGGCCUAAUGAAAGAAAGAGAGAUUGAGAGAGAUGAUACAAACCGGUUUGUGUUUGGUUACUACCCAUCUUGGGAGAGAUUCCUCUUUGUUGUGAUUCUUUGUAUUUUACAAACUUUUUUACGUUGAUGCCAAACUCAUCGAACUCUUCGUUUUUUGCAUUUCUUUUAUUUUUCCUCAUUUCUCGAGUGUGUGUUAUCAUGGCUAUAAAGAUAAAUAAAAUGAAAGACAUUUUUUUCGUUCGUAA